UCUAAUUCGAACUUUCAAUUUCUUAUUAUUUCAUAGAUUGAACUUUUUUUGUGUGUAUAUAUAUAUCUUAAUGCGUGUUGGAAUUGAAGAAUUCUUUACAUAGAUUGAACUUGUGUGUGUAUAUAUGUAUAUCUAACCUAAUGCGUGUUGGAGAUGAAGAAUUGUUUUCUCGCACAGUUUGAUCAAUACUGUAUUUCGUAUGCUGUUAAUUUGUUGUUUCAGUGAGUUUUCAGGUGUUACACUAUCAUUCUCUAUUUUUGAUUUUCAAUUUCUGAUUAUUACAUAAUUGAUUUUCAUUGAUUUAGAAGCCAAUUAUGGAAAAGUAAAAAAAAGAAAUAUCAAUUAUGGAAUUGUGUGAGGGUGUCUUUUACAGGUGAGUACGAGAUUGCAUGUCACAUGCCUUUAAAACAGCUACAGAGGAUAAGUAGAUGAGAACACAAAAAAAUAAAAAAAUAAAAAAUUGAAGUAGCAGAGUACAUUGAAUUACAGAAAUUUUGGAAGGAUUUGAUAUUUUGCAUGCCUGAGAAAGAAUGAGAGAGAUUUAAAAGGGAAAUGGUAACAUACCUUAAAAUAGAAGGCACUGAUAGUUUAGAAGCUACAGGUCCAAAUAUCAGACUCCUGUGACAUCCUGAGAAGCACUCUUCUUACGAUGUCACCUGGAUACAUACCUGAUAUCAUUUUCUCAAAACCCCGCAGCAAGAUCAUCAUGGUUGUGUUAUUCACAAGAUUAUUGGAGCAAAGCGGAGGAAAGGGGACCAAUUUAACAGCGAUUGAACCUUGCUUGAUCAUUUGGGUUCGGGCUAUCGGCAUCUAAAUCAGUAUCGUAAGAUGUUCUUGGCAGAUGAGAUGACCAGAAGUUUCCCCAUUCCAUGUUAAACUACCUAAUUAAUAAAUAUAAGAGCAUAAGUAAAAUUAGCUAUCGUUUCCCCCAAAUUUCAGUGAGUUUUCAGGUGUUACACCAUCAUUUUCUUUUCCAUAAUUGAUUUUUUUUCUUCUCUGUUUUCUCUCACUAACAAUAAGAAUGAUGAAUGAAUCGUCUCUCACUGGGCCAUAUGUAUGUAGUAUUGCUGUCAAACUCUUGAGAUCUUAAUGACAGUAAAUUGCCUGCUACUCAACUAAUGACAGUAAAUUGCCUACUACAAGAAAUUAGUCUUUUACGGACUACUAUUUAGGGACUAGUUAGAUUUGGUCCCUAAAAAUAAUCUUUUAGAGAUAAAUCUAAACUUAUGAUAAUUUACUUAUAAAAAUGACUCUUGAUAUGUUCCCCGUGUCAUUCAAUUUUCAAACUUACAUAUUUUGAACUAAGAAACUGCAUUAUAUUAAAAAUCAGAGAGUACGUCCAACAAAACUUGCUACUUCUUGGAGCCUCCUUUCCGCAUUGUGGGCUAACUGUACCCAGGGGUGGAACUACCAUGGCACUGGAGGUGGCCAUGGCAUCCCCAAUUCUCCGAACAUUUAAUAUAUAUUUAAAUAUACACUAUAGUUACAUAUGUAAUGCUUGGCAUGGGAUGGGUGCUUAGUUAUUUUGAACUGUCUGUGUAAUGACAUUUGAAUUUCCUGUAAAGUGAUUUUUUUUUUUUUCCGUCUUGAAAUAAUCUAUUAGCAGUUUGGUUUAUUGCAUAUUUUUUUACCAUAAGUUCUCUUUCAUUCUUAUUUCUUUUUCUUUUUCUUUUUUCUUCUGUUUUCAAUUGCUAAUAUGAUAUAUGAAUUAAUGGUGUUCUUGGUAAUACAUAUCUUUGCUAUCAGAUCAUUGUGAUGAUAGUGGUGAUAUUGUGAUCCUUUAAUACAUAAAAAAUGAGCAAGAAGUUGCCCCUAGUUUUUCUGGAUGUGUCUAUUGAUGGCGAUUCUGCUGAAAAGAUGGUUUUUGAGUUAGUUCAUUGGUGAUCUUUGGUGAUACAGCUUUUCUCUGAUGUUGCUCCUAAGACUGCGGAAAAUUUUUGUGCACUCUAUACAGGGGAGAAGGGAAUUAGUCCCAAGACUGGAAGACCCCUCCACUACAAAGGAUCCUUUUUCCAUUCCAUUAUUAAAGGAUCAAUGGCUCAGUUUUAAGGGUGGUGAUUUUCUUAAACGAGAUGGAUGCUGUAUAUAUGAAAUGACUUCUCAUAAGCCUGCAUUUAAAGCAUUUAUAAGUUUCAAGAGCUCUGUUUCCUCUGUUUUUGUCAGAAUUAUGUGGUCAAGCUUUCUUCCGAGUGUCCUGUGGUAAAUGUUCUGUUAGUUGGUACUGAAUAUAGUUAAAACUGACCAUGGAUAUGGCUAUUAUUUUGUUAUGUAACUUUGUGAACAAUACAGGUGAUAGGGUCAUAUAAAAACAUUGAUUCAUAAUUUUAAAAACAUGAUUCAUUUUAUGGUUUGGUUUAGUUUGCGAACUUCUAAGAGUGUCUUAAUUGUUUCCCCCCUCCCUGCUACAAUGCGUGCACACACAAAUUGGUCUUCCUUUUCAUUUUAGUUUGAUAUUUUAACAUUGUAAUCCUGACCUAGCUUGUUGAUCCAGAUCCUUACAAUUAAUUAUUGUUCUGUGCUUUUGAUCCUUCCACAAACGUAUACCUAACAGUUGUUUUGAUUGAU